CGUAAAGUAAACAGACAGGCGGCGAAAGCGGCAGCAGGAAAAGCAAGAAAAGCAGGAAAAGCAGCAGCCGUGCAACCGAAGGCAAAGCAACAACACCAGCGACUACCAGCAGGCAAAGUCCCACGCUGCUGCUCAAUCAGUUGAACUUUGACCACGGCGGUAACGGGUUCGGUGCGGUGAAGUUUUCAAGCGGGCUUAGUGCGGUCAACGCGACGUAUGCGCAACGUAUACGCAACGUGGUCACUUUUUUUGCGGAACAAUAAAUGAUGAAUUCCAAAGGUGCUGGCAUAUGGCAGCCACGUGCGCCCAGCUAAAAUGUGACUAAAGGAUUACAAGCAAAAAAGGUCAGACAUUAAGCGAAAAUUAAACAGUAAAAAAUCGCUUAAUUAAAAAAUGCAAAGUUAAUUGCAAAUGGCGCUUAGCAAUGUGGUCACUUAAAAUGUGCAUAAAUCAACGCAGAAAUUGCAUUUAAUUAAGUUUGAAAUAACAAAAGAAAACAAAAUAUAGCCAACGAAAAUGUGCAAAUAGUGUGGGCUGAAUAAAAAACAAUUAGAACCGGAGCAAAACGUUUCAAUUAAAGCAAUGUCAUCCAAUUGAAAUGCAAGUGCAGUGACAAAUGAAAUGAAAUUUAAGCGCUGAUAAAUUGAAUUACAAAUGCAAAACAAUUGACAGCAACAACAAAAAAGGGGAAAAAAGUGCAACAACCAUAAGAGCAGCAACAACAACAACAACAAAAAAAUGCCGGCAUCAAGUGGAUUAUAUCGCAUCAAGCACGGCCGUGUCCUUGACAGGCUGCAAAAACCCACGGCACUUAUUUUUAUUAUAGCAUACAUUGCGGCAUGCGGCAUUUGCGACCACACGGCAUCGGCGGAGGAGGGAGCCGGAGGAAAAUCGGAGGCCUCCACCAUGGCGACGCCGUCGUCAGUGAGGCAUAUAAAUCAAAAUUUAAUUAUGUCACAGGCGAAGGAGGGCGAGCCGGUGCCCGUGCCACUGCCGUACGCCCAAAGUGCCGCAUCCGGAGGCGGAGGCGGGGGCGGGGGCAGCAGCAUCACCAGCUUCGACUCGACCAACGUGAUCGAUGGCCAGGGCCAGGGCCAGCCCACGCCUACUCACCUGCAGGAGCCGCCGCUCCAGACGCACUCCCACUCCCGGAUCCAGGCCAAAGAUACGGCCGGGCCCUAUCCCAUCCCGAUCCAUCGGCCGGAGCCCGCGGAGAACCACCUGGAGGCCACCAACGGCAUCGAGGGCGGCGUGGAGACCCUCUUCGGCACGCCCAUGUACUUCGGCACCGAGAACUCGACGGUGGUCACCACCCAGAUCGGGGCCACCGCCCACGUUCCCUGCACCGUCCACCACAUCGGCGAGGGGGUGGUAUCGUGGAUACGCAAAAAGGAUUAUCAUCUGCUUACGGUCGGCUUAACAACGUACAGUAGCGAUGAGCGGUUCAGUGCCACGCACUUGAAGCAUUCCGAGGAUUGGACACUGCAAAUCAAAUUCGUGCAGCUACGUGACGCCGGCGUCUACGAGUGCCAGGUGUCCACUCAUCCGCCCACCUCCAUUUUCCUGCACCUGAGUGUCGUCGAAGCCCGCGCCGAAAUCACGGGUCCCCCGAUUCGAUAUCUUACCCCAGGAUCGACGCUGCGGCUGCAAUGCCGCGUGGUGCAGAAUACCGAAGCCUCCGAGUAUAUAUUCUGGUAUCACGACAACCGCAUGAUUAACUACGACAUUGAUCGGGGCAUUAAUGUGUCAACGGAGCCAGACUUUCAAUCAUCGGAGCUUACCAUUCAGCGGACACGGCGCGAGCAUUCGGGAAAUUUCACCUGCGUCGCCAGCAACACGCAACCAGCCAGUGUUCUGGUGCACAUCUUCAAAGGCGACAAUCCGGCGGCCAUGUAUCACGGACAUGUGGGCGGCUCCACGAAGACAAUGCAGUCCCAGCUGCAUAUGAUUAUGAUAAUCAUUGCCAGCGGCUAUCGGAUAUUCCACACGAGUGUAUAUAUGAAGAUCGUGUAGAUGGCUUCCGUGCAGUAGACGAUGGCCCAGGAUGCGAGUCCCUGCCCCCAAGGAAAGGCAUUUGUAACUACGUCAUCAGCCGGAGGAGCUGGAUACCCAGUUACCCCAACCGGGGGAUUCCCCCAAUCUUACACUAGUUUCUUCUCUACUACUUGCUAGCGGCAUCUCCCGACAUACGUACUACCAUACUAGCAUACUACCAUACUACCAUACCUAAAGCCUAAGCCACAACUAUCAGAAAAGCGAAUCAAACUUAAGAACUCAAUCUCUGUCUCUAUAUAGCCGGUGUGCAUGUAUAGUAUACAACACCCAUCUUUUAUAUGUAUGUGUGUGAGUGUGUUUCGUUAAUGUGUAAGUGUCAAACUUAGUCACAGGAUGCAGCUUAUGCCGCACAUGUAUUAUAAAAAGGUUAACUUUGCAGACUAUUUAAUUGAAGAGAGAUCAUUUCGAGGAUCCAAAAAAAAAAACAGAAAGCCCAGUAAUUCGUAGUUUGGAUCCUGGGAAUGCCGACGAGCUCAAUAUUAAGAACUGAUGUGCAUUUCCAAUCUAGAAUUCAUAUUUUUACAAGUCCCACUUUACGAUUAAGAAUUUAGUUUCAGCCACAACCUUCAAUCAUUUGGCUACGAUUUAUGCUGCAUUGUACAGACAACCACUCAACUGAUUAAAAUGGAUUUAGCUAAAGGAAUUUGGUUCUACUCGAGAAAAUGCUCUUCGAAGAAACUUUCAGAUUUAAGCUGUAAAUAAAUUAUUUGUUAAACUAAA